AUUAAACUAGGUAAAACUGUGCGAAGUCAAACUGCGCAUUCAUGAAUGGGAAUGCGAGGCCAAAGUGGAUUGUUUGUGACAUUGUCGCUUUUGUUGGUCUGUAAUGGGCGUGCCUUUUAUAUGGAUGAAGAUGAUACUGAUGAAAAGUUGGAAGAAACGAAGAUAAACAAAAAUAAAGACUUACCAACCGCGAAGAAAAUAUCUGGUUACUUUAUACCUCCACAAACUGGCGAAUACAAGUUUUACAGUAGCUGCGGAGCAGCGUGCAAAAUCUACUUGAGUGGAAGAGAUAGUCCAAAUGGUAGAAGAAUUAUCUCGCAAAAUGAGAAAACUAAACCUGGUGAUUUUGAAAGAUAUGCAGACCAGGCAUCGCACUUGAUAUACCUCGAAAAGGGACGAAAAUAUUUCAUGAAGGCAACGACGAAAUCAACAGAAGAGAGUAGAGAUCCACAACUCUCCAUCGGAGUUGUUCUACCAGAUGAUGUCAAGUUAUUUCCUAUAUCUAAAACAUUCAUGAAGGAUGUGUCGAUUGAGAAAACACCUCUUGUGUCAGCAGAUACAGUUGAGAGGGCGGAAAAUGUGCGAACUAAAGUCAUGGACAAACCUAAACUCUUUGAAAGAAGUUUGAGUAAACGUGGAAAACGGUACAGAAGAAAGCACAACUCAAGAAGAAGGUUACAACGCAAGUUGGAACAGAUUAACCAUUUCAUCAAAGUAUUAGAACGGACAAAGGAUGAAGAAUCAGUAUUCGAUCUCAAUUUAAAAGAUUUCAUGAAAACAAUGCAUCAAAGCAUUAACAGAUACGUGCCCAAAUCUAGAAAGCAUUCGAAUCCAGUUAAAGAAGUAUCUACAAAAAGCAAAGAUGAUAUCGAUAGUGGCAGUGGUCAUGAAGACAAUGAAAGAGAGAACGCCUCGAUUAGACAAACAAAAUUGAGAUCAAAAUUAAAGGAGAAGAAUAUAUAUCGUUUGAAAAAAGUAAAGACAACUAAUGGUAUUAAUAGGUCGUUUGGAAAAGCUACUGAUUUGAAAGAAAUCACGACGAGUAAAUCUGAGCCUCAUGAUACGCAGAAAGUGAUAGAAUUAUUCGAUGCUUUGCAAAACAACUUAGAUGCAGAAUCUAAAAAGAAAAGAAAGAAUGUUAAACGUUAUCAUAAGAACUUUGAAGACCUCAUUAACCAAAUCAAUGCCUUAAAGGAAGCUGUCAUUAAGCACGAAAAUAAACGUCAUAAGCAUGGGAAAAUAAAACAUCAUUCAUGGAAGAAAAUAAGCAAACAUCCUGUGGAAGAAAUCGAGGUGCACGAAGAAGUUGACCACUAUUCAAACAAAGAAAAGGAAGACGAACACAGUGAUGACAGGAAAACUGAAUCGCAUCACCAGAGAUAUGAUGAACACGAGGAUGAAGAUAAACACGAUCAUGAAAAUGAUGAACAUUCACAUGACGAUCAUGAGGUACACCAUUAUAAAAACAAUGACUUUUCUACAGUCCAUGAUGACGCACACAAAGCUUCAUCUGCAGAUGAAAACGAAGAUCAUGAGCACGAUUCAGCAGUAGUUGAAGUGGAACAAACGCAAGAAAAACAAGGCCACGAGCAUCAUCAUACUGAUAGUCAUAUAGAAGAGAAAGAAGGAGAUGAAAAACAAGCUCAUUAUGCUGCACAUGAUAGGAGUGAAGAAAAGCAUGAAGAUUUAACGCACAGUCGAAGUGUUGCUGAUGUAGAAAAUCAUGGAGAAAAUCAUGAAGAAUUAAGUGAAAAAGAAAAUGAAAAACCAGCUCCUAUUGCCAGUGAAAAUCAUGAUAAUGAAGCUCCGUCUAGCAAACAAAACAACUUUCAUGUAACACAAGAAUUUGAAAACAAACCAAAAACAGAAGACCAAUCAAACAGCGAGGUAGAAAAUCAUGCUGAAAACAAAAAUAUCGAAACAAAUCACGCAGAUGUUAAAUCAGAAGGAUCAGCUGUAAGUAACUAUCAUAGUAACACUGUUCAAUCAAACGAUCCGUUAUUUGAAAAGCAUGCAAAAAAUCAGGAGAACGAGCAAGAGUUUUCCUUUCAAUUUGAAAAGCCUGUAAAAACCUCGGAACCUAAAGUUAAUGUGAGUUAUGACAACAACAUUAUGGCACAACAACAACAACAGCUAACCCCAAAAGAAGGCAUGCAAAGUACGGAAGAACAACAGCAUGCUAUCGAUCUAGAAAACGCGUUGAAUCGUGCUGGGAUAUUUUCUGCUGAUGAAUCUCUCUUUCGAUUCAGACCUGUUAAAAGUUACGCAGACAUUAUUGGGAAGAAUAACGGACUCAAUGCAGCAACUGAUCAACUUAUGACGGCGUCGACUGGUCAUGUUCAACACAAUGAAAUGGAUGAACCAGUAGUUAGACAUGCUGAUACAAAAAAUACGAAGCUGUUCAAUGAAACUUUAAACAGUGAAGACGUCAGGGCGUUAGAAGACACUUUAUUUAAAGCAUUUCAGGAAAGAAUUGUCAACAAAAAUAUAGAUCGUGAUGCUAAUGGUGUACAACGGGUUAAUGUAGAACGCAAGAAGCUAGAUGAUUCAAACACUGAUGUAAAAAGUAGGGAGUCGCCAGCGAUGGUUAUAGACACCGCAAGCUUAAAAAGUGUACUUGAACAAGCAUUAAGUAAAAGGCCUCUUAAUGAAGUUGUUAAUCAUAUGCCAACUAGUGCAAUUGAAAGUAAUUUGGAGGAGAAGCAAUCCAUAUCAAACAGCAUAACAAAAAGUAACGGGUUAUCAGAAAAAGAACAUGAAAUAUACAAACCACUAGAUCUUUCAAACUCUGGCAAGAAUAUCUACAUUCCAAUGUCGAAUAUUUUAAAUAUGUUUGGAAAGCCAUCAAACAGUUUAACUAACCGUGAUUCAGAAAGGACAUCAGCCAUCAACUAUAUUGAAGAAAAGGCAAAACAGAUAGACUCUCCAUCUAAAAAUUAUCCUUCCUUCGAUCAAGAGAGCAUAAACAAUUUUGAAGCCAAACUCAAGGGAAAAGCUGAAAAUGAAAAAAGUCCCAUACAAGUCACAGUUGAUGAAAAUUACAACAGGGUGAUGGAAAAUGCGCAAGGUAACCAACUCCAUGGUAGGGAUCGGCAAGAUCUAUCAAUACCAAUUGAAUCAGCUCCCAUACCUCAAGUUUCUGAUAAGCAAAUGUACGACAAGAUAAACGAUUUGAUCAAAGAAAUCAAUGCUAUCAAAAUGGAAAUCGUGGCUAUGAAGAGAAAUAAAGUGUUUCGUUCUAGUUACAAAAAAAGUCUAGUCACAAAACUAAAUAUGAAAGAGAAGUUGCUCUCAGUAUUGCAAGCGAAAAAGAAUGAAAUUACACGACCAAAAACUAGAAGAAACUAUGUAAAUAAACCAAAGUGAAAGUUUUAAACAAAGAAAACGCAGUUGAAUGAAAAGUGAAAAAGAUAGCAGCUUCUGCAGGAAACAAUAACAGCUCCAACAAGAAAUUUUACAGUUUGGAUGGAAAAAACAGUGAAUAUUCAACAUUUAUGACAUUGUAAUCCUAACGGAAUAGUUCUACCCAAGACGUGGUGAUGAACAACCUCUUCCCGUGAAUGUACUUUGUCUUAUGCGUACUAGACGAAGAGAGAUUUUACGUGAAUCAUUUGUAUAUAUAUUAAGAUUAAAUUAAAAGGAAAAGUUUAACCUUAUGUGGUGGAUUCUACAGUUAUCUAACUUAAUCAUAACUACCGAUCCAAUAGGGCUGAAACUUGGUGACGUUUACUUCCUAUUGAUUUGGCAACUUUUAGUUAAAAAAAGUUUGAAAUUCCAUUUAAGAAGUUGCCAUGGCAACCAUGUUACUAGUUUUUUUAAGCAUUGUUUUUACUCCACUUCUGUAUUGUUUCGAAAAUUAAUUUAUAAAGGUAAUAAAGUAGGAACUAUUUAGAAAAAAAAUUUCUUUGAAACCAAUAAAACUAACAAAAUUGCUGACAUCAGCAAGUCUUUAUUUUAUCAAUCAAUUUCUUUUAUGCUGUAUCCAAUAGCAAUCAUUCACAGGUUAUUUAAGAAGGUUAAAUUCACCCUCCUCUCAAGGUUAUUAGAUUUAAAAAAAGUCCAGGGUUAAAUUAUAUUUUAUUUAUACAGGAGUAUACAAGCCCUGCCAAUUUGAUAAAUAAAUUUCGCUAAUAUCCAUUUUAUGUAAUGUGAUGCUCUCUAUUUCAAGUUUGUUUUUGUUCGUUAGCUGUAAAAUAACUGUAAUUUGUCUUAAUAAUACAAGCGCAU